GAGCUCACAGCCCCAGCCUGUCUUUUGUGGACCUACACAAUGAUCCGGAGAGCCAGACUGGAUUAGGAAACCUCGCGACUAGGGGACCAGAGACAGGCUGCCGGUUCCCAGACACUUGGAGGAGAGAAGGCUGAAAGGAUGCAUCAGAUCUACAGCUGCAGCGAUGAAAAUAUAGAAGUUUUCACCACUGUGAUUCCUUCCAAGGUGUCCAGUCCAUCCAGGAGAAGAGUCAAAAGCUCUCAACACCUCUUGACCAAAAAUGUGGUGAUCGAGUCGGACCUCUACACUCCCCGGCCGCUGGAGCUGCUGCCUCACCGCAGCGACCGUCGGGAUGCAGUUGAUGGCCGCAGGUUCGGCCGGCUGCAGAACGCUAGGCCUCCAGGGGCGCAUCCCACCAAAACCCCCGCCAGACCUGUGGGGAUUUCUGAACCCAAAGCAUCAAAUCUGUGUGGGAAUCGAGCAUAUGGAAAAUCGCUGAUUCCUCCAGUGGCCCGGAUCUCAGUGAAAUCUCCGGCUGCACCAGAGGUGGCAGCCACAGGCUCAGAGAACGGAGCUGUUCUGGGGAGAGGAUCCAGACAUCUCAAGAAGAUGAUGGAAGAGUAUCCAACUCUCCCCCAGGGUGCAGAGGCUUCUCUGCCACUGACAGGCAGUGCCUCCUGCGGUGUCCCUGGCAUCCUCCGGAAAAUGUGGACCAGGCACAAGAAGAAGUCUGAAUACGUGGGAGCCACCAACAGCGCCUUCGAGGCUGACUAGAGGUGACCCUUCCCAGGUGCCUUGCAUUGGCCGAGGUUCACAGGACAGAGAAGAAAACUUGAGGAUUGGGACUGAGCCACACUCACCUGUGCUAGUAGCUGGUCCAAACAUCAUCCUCCCUCACUGGCCAAUCACCCAGCUUAGGGUGUGGAAAAGGAACGGUCCCUUGAAGGCAAAAUAAAACUGUUGGUCUGAAAGUUACUUUGGGAGGUCAUAAAGUUUAUAUCCCUAUCUUUAGGCAUAACUAUACCAAAAGCAAACUUUGCCAGCCCA